AUGCUCUACCUCGUGGGUUUGGGUCUCGCAGACGAGAAGGACAUCACUGUGCGGGGUCUAGAAGUGGUGAAAAGUGCCUCAAGAGUCUACCUCGAAGCAUACACGAGCAUACUUCUCGUUGACAAGGAAAAGCUAGAAGCUUUUUAUGGUCGCCCCGUGAUUGUUGCAGAUCGCGAACUCGUUGAGACCGGUAGUGAUGAUAUCCUCGAAGGUGCCAAGGACGUUGAUGUCGCUUUCCUCGUUGUUGGAGAUCCUUUUGGCGCAACCACACAUACAGAUCUAGUCCUGCGGGCUCGCGAGCUUGGUAUCCAAACGAAGAGCAUUCCUAAUGCAUCGAUCAUGUCGGCUAUCGGCUGCACCGGCCUACAACUAUACAAUUUCGGUCAGACAGUGAGCAUGGUGUUUUUCACCGAGAAUUGGAAGCCGUCCUCAUACUACGACCGUGUGAAGGAGAAUACAAGCUUGGGUCUACACACGCUUGUGUUAUUAGACAUCAAAGUCAAAGAACAGUCACUUGAGAACAUGGCUCGUGGAAGGAAAAUUUACGAACCACCACGAUAUAUGACCGUCGCACAGUGUGCCAGCCAAAUGUUAGAGACCGAAGAGGAGCGACAAGAAAGGGUCUACGGGCCGGACAGCCUUGCGAUUGGCGCUGCGCGAGUUGGGGCGCCGGAUCAGAAGCUCGUCGCUGGAACUCUAAAGGAGCUCGCAGAAGUCGAUAUGGGGGAGCCCCUCCACAGUUUAGUGCUGCUCGGUAAAAGGGCGCACGAUCUGGAGAAGGACUACAUUCAGCAAUUUGCCGUGAACGACGACACGUUCAAUACGUCUUGGAAAAAAGGCUACGGUUCUACCUGA